UAUUGUAUAUUUCUAUUUGGAACUUUCCACAAUAUAUUUACUGGAUAGGUGUUGCAAGCAGAAGAAAUAUUUGUUACAUUUUGGUAAUUAUUCGUUUGUUGAUGUCGUAAAAAUUAUGAAGUUAGUCAACGUUGCUUGGAAUAAAAACCUGUGUUUUAAUUUCACAAGAAAGUGUCAAACAAUAAACUUAUCUGGAAUCCAGGUUGGGUCUUGGGCGAAUUUCUAAAUGUUAACAGUUUAGCCCCGUUUAGCCAAUAAUAUAGGAUUUUUUGUUUAUUUUUAGUGAAACUGCCACACAAAAUAACAUGUCAAAGAUGGAGAUAGUUGUUUUGCUUGGAUUGUUGUGUGGCACAGUUUUUAUUGUGAACCUGUACUGCAUUGUAAUUAUCCUUUUGAAUAAAACUCUUCACAGACCAUCAAACAUAGCUAUAUGCAGUUUGCUUAUUGCACACUUAUUACAGAGCAUUUUUGUUAUUCCGUCGUACGCAGUCAAGAAAGCUGGAACUGAAAACAAGACAGUUGUGUGUGACACUUUCAGGCUUUCAUAUUUAUUUACAAAUUAUGCUUCCUGUCUCAGCCUACUCGUUAUAACACUUGACAGAUUUAUCGGUGUCCGGCUACCGUUAAAAUACCAUAUUAUCGUCACAACGCGAAGAAUGUUACAUUUAACAAUAUCUAUCUGGAUGUAUUCACUCUUGCUAAAUUUAAUACCAUUCAUUCCGAAGCAUAGAAAAAGUGUCUGUAAUUAUAAUCCACAAAAAAUAUGGACUGUUUUUAUGCUGUUAGGCAAUACGCUUCUACCGUUUUUAAUAAUAGCUGCUUGCUAUGUGGUAAUCUUUAAAAAAGCACGUAAGGUAUUCACUCAGAGAAAACUUGCUCUAGCAAACACAGACACAAGACGUUUGGCAAGUUCACAUUUCAAUAAAUCCAAAAUAACCUUACUUAUAGUUUUCUUUUACGUACUUUGCUGGGGGCCAAGUUGUUGUUAUUAUUUAUUGCAGUCCCUGUGUAAAGCAUGUUUCAACGCGAGUUAUCAUGAUUCAAACACUGAGGAUAUUAUACAUUUUACCAUGAAACUUCUUACAUUCGUUGAUGGUGUUAUAGCUCCAUUGAUUUACUGUUGCACAAACGCCACAUUUAACCGUGCUCGGCGACGCGUUUCUAAUCAAUUACGUCAACUGAUACAAGGUGGAUCAGUUACUGAGUUUAAACGACAACCUGGUUAUUACUUACAUGUACAUCCACAAGAAGCUUUUCCAAGGGUAGCUGAAGAAGUCGUUCCUGUCAGAACGAAUAGAGUACGUCCUGUUGGCGAAGAAAACGUGUCAACGGAACUUACGUCGUCAACGGACGUAAAAAUAACAGAUGUGACGUGCAAAGCAAAUUCUGGGGAUAUGAUUAAACCUAUGGUAAAAGAUGGUAAUGGGAUUAGUAUAUUGCUUUGAAAAUGGUAAAAGAAGAUAUGUGUCAGUGUGAGAAUUAUCAUCAAGUAUUAUCGGCUGUAUUUUGUGUGUUUAAAAUAGUUGCAUAAUAGUUUAAAUUUAUUUCAGCUUUGUAUGAUCGUUUUUAAAUACUGACAUAUAUUUGUAAUACGCUUUUUAAAAUAUGAAACAACUACCCUUUAAUGUUAAGGAUUUGGCAUUAAAAAUAAAUAAUUAUUACCUAUACUUCCUUAUUUAGGGAAGUCGACGAUCGGAUUUUUCCAAAAUUGGAUCUUAACUGAAUAACGACCAAAUUCAAGACCAAAUGAGAUUAUGUCCCGUGAAAUUAAGUCAAGUUUUUCCAGCAAAUAAGAGCCUCUUCAGUUUAGAUUUAACAGGAAUUUAAGAGUGAAUCCUUAAAUUAUGAUUCCAAUGAUUAUAUCGCUACUAGUCAGCCAAGAAUAUCAAUUUCUCAUAAUGAGAGUUUUGUAAGCGAUACUUUUUGAUGAACAAGAUGAUCGAGAGAUUGUUAAACAACGUUUGAUAAACAAAGUAUUAUAGGAUAGUAAGGCAACCAAACUUUCUUUUUUUCAACCUUUGUUGGUUUUCUUGCGAAUCACAGACAGUAUGUUUUGUUUAUUGUAUUCAAUGCAACGCAAAUAUGAUUUUCUUACCUAAAAAUGGGAACAAAUUAAACUCUAAGUUAUAUAGCAUACGGAAAGACUGUGUAAAUGACACGAGGUCACUAAUACAGAACUGGUAUGCGAUAAAGUAAACUCCAAGCCAAAAAACAAGUAAUUGAACUAAGGCAAAAUCACACUAUAAAAUGGAAAAUCUGUCUUCAAAUCAAAACAUGAAAAAUCUGUUGCUGGAAGCA